CCAUGGCUGAGGCUGACGGCGAGGACGAUGUCCAGUUCCUGCGGACCGAGGACGAGGUGGUCCUGCAGUGCUCGGCCUCGCUCCGCAAUCAGCAGCUCAAGCUCUGCCUGGCGGCCGAGGGCUUCGGCAAUCGAUUGUGCGGCCUGGAGCCCACCUCCAACGCGCAGGCCGUGCCCCCGGACCUGGCCAUCUGCUGCUUCGUGCUGGAGCAGUCGCUGUCGGUGCGGGCCCUGCAGGAGAUGCUGGCAACGAGCGCCCAGCCCGGAGCCGAGUCUUCGCAGGGUGGGGGGCACCGCACGCUGCUCUAUGGGCACGCCAUCCUGCUGCGGCACUCGCACAGCGGCAUGUACCUGAGCUGUUUGACCACGUCGCGCUCCGUCACCGACAAACUCGCCUUCGACGUGGGGCUGCAGGAGGACGCGGCCGGGGAGCCGUGCUGGUGGACGAUGCACCCCGCGUCCAAGCAGCGCUCGGAGGGGGAGAAGGUUCGGGUCGGGGACGACCUCAUCCUGGUGAGCGUCUCCUCGGAGCGGUACCUGCACCUGAGCACGGCCAGCGGGGAGCUCCAGGUCGACGCCUCCUUCAUGCAGACCCUAUGGAACAUGAACCCCAUCAGCUCGGGCUCCGAGGAAGGGUACGUGACGGGGGGGCACGUGCUGAGGCUGUUCCAUGGGCACAUGGAUGAGUGCCUGACCACGGCAGCGCCGGAGCAGGGGGAGGAGAGGAGUGUUGUCAGCUAUGAGGGAGGAGCCGCCUGCACCCAGGCCCGCUCCCUUUGGCGCCUGGAGCCGCUGCGCAUCAGCUGGAGCGGGAGUCACCUGCGCUGGGCCCAGCCCUUCCGCCUGCGUCACGUGACCACGGGCCGGUACCUGGGGCUGCCGGGGGAUCAAGGCCUCGGCCUGGUGGAGGCGGCGGCCGCCAGCACUCACGUGACCGCCUUCUGCUUCCGGGCCUCCAAGGAGAAGCAGGAGGCUCCCCCCAAGCGGGACGUGGAGGGGAUGGGGCCCCCGGAGCUCAAGUACGGGGAGUCCCUGUGCUUCCUGCAGCACGCGCGCUCGGGGCUCUGGCUCACCUACGCGGCGGCCGACAGCAAGGCCCUGCGCCUGGGGCUGCUCAAGAGGAAGGGGCUGGGGAUGCGCUCGGGGCUCUGGCUCACCUACGCGGCGGCCGACAGCAAGGCCCUGCGCCUGGGGCUGCUCAAGAGGAAGGCCAUCCUGCACCAGGAGGGCCACAUGGACGAUUCGCUGUCGCUGGCGCGCUCCCAGCAGCAGGAGGCGCAGGCGGCGCGGAUGGUUUACAGCACGGCCGGCCUCUACGGGCACUUCAUCCGCUCAUUGGACGCGCUGAGCGCGCGGUCCCGCUCGGGCCCCGCCCCCUCGCUCCCAUUGGCCGCCGUGGAGCUGAGCCUGCGGGACCUCAUCCGGUACUUCCGGCCCCCGCGGGGGGCGCUGCAGCACGAGCAGAGGCAGCGCGCGCUGAGGGCCCUGAGGGCGCGGCAAAACCUCUUCCAACAGGAGGGGCUGGUGGCGCUCGUGCUCAGCUGCAUCGAUCGCCUGAGCGGGCUCAGCGCGGCCCUGGCCGAGCGCGGGGGGGGCGAGGAGGCGGCGGCCGCCAAGGAGAUCGUGAACCUGCUCUAUGAGCUGCUGGGCAUCCUGGAGGUGCUCUAUUGCGUGCUCAUCGAGAGCCCCGAGGUGCUCAACAUCAUCCGGGAGAACCACAUCAAGUCCAUCAUCGCCCUGCUCGACAAGCACGGCCGCAACCACAAGGUCCUGGACGUGCUGUGCUCGCUGUGCGUGUGCAACGCCGUUGCCGUGCGCUCCAACCAGAACCUCAUCACCGAGAACCUGCUCCCACGCCGAGACCUCCUCCUGCAGACGGGGCUGGUGGACAGGGUCACCAGCAUCCGGCCCAACCUGUUUGUGGGCACCCACCCCGGCAGCACCCAGUACCACCGCUGGUACUUCGAGCUGGCCGUGGAGGCGCUGGAGCCCUUCCGGGGCGCGGGCCCCACGGUGCUCAGGGUGGGCUGGGCCGCGCUGGGCACCCACAGCCCCGGGCCCGGCAGCACCCACGCAGCCGGUGACGACCUCAGCUCCUUCGCCUACGACGGCCUCUACCUGUGGACAGGAGGGUUCCCCCUGCCCGUGGAUGCCCCGGAGCGGCGGGCGCUGGCUGCUGGGGACGUU